CCUACUUUAAAAACCAAAUUAUCCCCUAUCUUGCAAAAAUUAUUUGAAGCUAAAGCAUCAAAAAAACUUACCUUUGCUGACAUUGGGAAACAACUUGGACGAGAUGAAGUUUGGGUUGCGUCCGUCUUUUAUGGCCAGAUGACAUUUCUACGUAUUGUUUCUAUUGGAUUAUCCUUACUGAAAAAGGCAAAACCUGAAGAGGCAGAUCUUAAAAAAUUAAGCGCAAUCUUGGAUUUACCACAACAAUACCUUACAACUGAUAUUGGACAGACUUUCUUUCCUACACGUGGAGGAUUAUUUGAACUUCCUCCCAGAGAUCCCUUUAUUUAUCGUUUAUAUGAAAUCAUGCAGGUUUACGGACUUCCGUUAAAGGAUGUUGUUAAUGAAAAGUUUGGUGAUGGAAUUAUGUCUGCAAUUGAUUUCACUGCAAAUGUUGAAAAGAUUGACAACAAACAACAAGAUGUUAUUAAUCCUUUAUACAAUAAAAUUAGUAAUAAUGAACAUGACAAUUUCGAAGACCAGGGUUAUAUCUGGCUCGCAUCUGGAGAAAUACUUAAUCUCUCUACAAGUAACUUUAAAGACAAUACACUUCCUCUUGACAAAAGACAAGCUAUAUUGCAAUCUUACCUUUGUAACAAGAAUAUACAAUUUCAACCACCCUCAAUGAACAAAGACUUAUAG